AUGUACAUGAGUGAGUAAAUAAUACAAUAACCAAAAAAUAAAAAACAAUGAUGUGCUUAAAGGCGGCACUUAUCAUUUUACUCAAUUAUUUUAGUUUUUCAACAACUAUUUUUUUUUGAAUUUAUGAUUAAAACUGAAACUGAAAAACUAAAAAACUAUUCUAAUUAACAUUGGUUACUCGGUAAAAUUGUUAUCAGGAAAAAAACUUUUUAAUCCUAUUGGAAAUAGCUGACAUUUGAAAAAAUAAAAAAAUAAAAUAGAUUUUAGUCUUCGAUCAAAUAGAAGUCAUUUAAAAAUGUGUCUCCUAUGAAAUGAUUUGUCAUCAGUUAGUUGGGCGAACUUAUCAAAGUUGUCUUUUAAAACAUGUCGUUCUCCCAAAAAAAAGAAAAAUAUUGAAAAUUCAUGUUUAUCAGAAAAAAUAUGGAAAUGGAAGAGAGGAAAAUCGAAUCAAUUUGCUUUUUUGAUAAGAGUCGAGAAAGAGGCGGUCAUUUUCGGAAUGCACCCCAGAAUUCUUUUUUUUUGAUAACCAGAAGAAAAUUGCGAAUUAAUUGUGAAAAUUAUCAACACACGAAACAGAAGUCAGUAAAUAUUUUCUAAAUAAUUUAGGAAAAUUUGGAGGAAUGUUUCUUAUGUUAGUAUGAGAUUAAUUUGAAGGUGAAGGUCGUGACAUUUUCAGAGUAAUUUAAUCGCGUUAUCAGCUGGUUUUUCUCUUUUUUUGUAUAGUAGAAUACUAUUAUUAUUUUUCCAAAUCAAGGAAUUUUUGGAAUUUCAAAGUACACAGUACAAUUUUUGUUUUUGCGUAUGUACUUCUCUUGGAAACCGAGAGUUACUGCGGUUUUCGGGGAUAUUGUUUUGGUUUUUUCAGAGAAAUUUUCAGGCAAAAAUAUAAGUAGAAAAGAUUCGGCCUUCGAAUUUCGGCGAUCGAACUUUGUCUCUGCAAAUUUUAGAGAAUUUGCAAAUUUAUAAGUUUUCAUAAAAGUUAUGAGGUGGCAGAAAAUUGUGUUUCCGAAAGUUUAUUUUUAAAAUUAUUUGUUUUAUUUAAAAAAAACGGCUCUAUCGCAAUAUAUGGGUCCCAUGGAAAUAUAUGGGUCCGUAAAAAAUAUAGGGGUCCGAAAAAACAUAUAAGGGUCCCUCAGAAAUAUAAGGGUCCGUAAAUUUUUUUAUGGGUCCCAAAAAAAUAAAAGGGUCCGUGAUUUUUUUCAUAGGUCUGAUUUUUUUGAUUUUUGGAGCAAAAAAUGUGUGGUUUUUAAAAUUUUCAAGUGUUUUGUUGUAAAUUUCUUGAUUUUUUGACGAUUCUUUGUAUUUUCGGGGGGUUUACUAAGCCUAAGCCUAAUUAUGAAGCUGAAAAGCCAAAAAUAGAGUUACCAGAGGAUUCAAAAUUUCUCUAUUAUUUUAGGCUUAGGCUUAGUAAACCCCCUAGAAAAAUACUGACUGGCUAAAAAAAAUGUGAAAAAAUUACAAAAAAUCACCAAAAAUAAAUAAUUGAAAUUAGAAAAAAUACAUUUUUUUAUGGACCCUCAAAAAAAAUAACGGACCCUUAUAUUUUUUUGGGACCCAUAAAAAAAUUCACGGACCCUUAUAUUUCUGAGGGACCCUUAAAUGUUUUUACGGACCCAUAUAUUUCCAUGGGACCCAUAUAUUGCGAUAGAGCCAAAAAAACUCAUGUUCCUGGAAUUUUUAGAAAUAAUUUCAGAAAGUUGAAAAUAUUUCAAAACGUGACCUCUUUUUCUCAUUUAUUUUAUUGAAAUUUAAUUUUCAUUUCGAAAAAUUCGAAAAUUUGAAAUUUUUGGAUUUUUUUUUUAAAAUACAGUACUCUCGAUGAUUUUGACAACCUGGAAAUUACUUUUGUUUUUCUGAUUUUUUGUCUUCUAAACUCACAUAAUCCCCGCUGGGAAGUCAAGUGGUUAGGGCUGAACCAUCAUAAUUUGGAUCUGCUUAUUUUUUCCAGAAUUUUUUUCCCGAAAUUGUUUUAUUCUUUUUUCUUUUCCCAAUUUUUGUCACAUGUUUUUUUUCAAAGAUAACUUAUUUUUCUCAUAAGCUUAUCACAUUUUCGAACAUCCCGCGGGAUCAGAAAAUCAUCAUAAUAAACAAAGGUUGUUUGUCUGUACUCUCUUUGGCCUCUUUACUCUCUCACAAUCGAUUAUGCAUGUCUAUUCCUACAACUCAGUCAGCUGGGCAAGCGAGAGAACAAGAGGAGAUUGUGUGUAGUCGCUUCUUUUUUCGUCACAAUUUCUUAUUUUCUUGUCGUAUUUUUGUUGCUCACAUUCACUCAUAUUUAAAACAAAAAGUAUUCAGAAUACAUAUAUAAUCCUAGUGUUGAUAGUUAUUGGUGGCGGCGUUUCAAACGCAGUGUCAAAGUGGUUCGACCGAAACAUCUUCGAGCAUCCGGCGUCGGCUCGAGUGAAAAGUGCGAAGAGCACAACGACGAGCCAACACCGAAAAAAGCAAAAAUGACGUCGUCAUCACCAAAUGUAUCAAAUAAUAUGGAUAGUGCAAAACGAAAACAGCGGAUGAAAAUGCAAAAUAAUUCAAUGUCGGUAGCUGAAAGGCUAAAAUUUACAAGAAAUGUUGGUUGUUCUUAGUGGGAGGUUCGGCUUGAUUUUCUGAAUUUUCAGCACUAUCGAUCCAACGAUUUUUUUGACGAUGAUGAUAUUCUGCAAUAUGUUGAAGAUGGACCAAUUCCGGAACACGAAAUCAAAUUAGCGAAAUAUGAUCAAUCUGCUGUUCGCAUUGUUGCACAAUUUUUGGAUAGUUUAGGAUUGAAGUUAGUUUUUUUUCGAAAUUUCAAAACAAAUAGGUAAAAUUACCAAGAAAGUAUUAAUUCUGAAAAUAUAAUUUAAAUCAUAAUCGCUGGGUAAUUAUUAAUAUACUCAGAUGGUAUAAAUAUAUCUAAAUACCUCUUUUUUAGAGAAACUGUGGACAAACUUGUGGAGGAAAGUGGAUGUACUGUGGAAAAUAGUAAUGCGGCAAAACUUCGCCUAGCAAUUCAUCAAGGGAAAUAUGACUGCGCGCUGCAAUUAAUCGAUAAAUGUUCACCUAAAUAUCUAACCGCUGAAGACAUCGACGAAGCGAAAUUUCAAAUAGAAAUGUUCAAAUUAGCCAAUCUUUUGAAGAAACGUAAGAUAAUUGAUGCGCUUUUCACAAGUCGUGAAAUUGCUGAAAAAAUCCCGAAAGGUCACGAACAUCGAUUCGAAAUUCUGAAUGCAUUUGUGAAAGAAAUGUUUGCGGAGAAACCAAAAUGUGAAAAUGUUCGAAUUGGAGAAAUGCGACAUUCACAAAUAUCUGCAAUUCAAUCGAUUUUACCAACAAGUUUCAUUUUGCCAGCUAAUCGAUUGAGAAAUAUUCUUGCAAAAGGACGUGGAACAACAAAUGAAGAAACAGCUGAAAGUCUUUUGAAAGAGGAUCAAAAACCUGAAACAAAACAUCGAACACAUGAAUGUGUACAAGUUUUGUCAGAUCAUAAUAACGAAGUUUGGAUGGUCAAAUUCUCAUCAGACGGAAAAUAUAUGGCUACCGGUUCAAAAAGUAAUAAUAUCAUUUUAUGGCAGGUAAGAUAUUCAAAAAAGUUCUGCAAAACAUCGAGUUUUGUUUUUAGGUUAAUAAUCAACGUGUAUCUCGACUUCGUCGAUUCGAAGCUGUCACUGAAGGAUAUAUUUCAUGUAUGGAAUGGAGUCCAGGAAAUCAAUAUUUGGCGAUUUGUGGAACUCCUCAAUGUAAAUAUAAUGUGAGUUAAUUUUGAUUUUUUUAAUCUUUAAAUUUCCUGGUUUUUUCGCUUUUAUCUUCUUGAAGAAUAAGUUUUACAAAAAAUUAACAAGCUAGACUCGACAAGACGAUUCGAACCUUAUAUUAAAAUUUAAAAGCCAUCACGAACCAAAAACUGAAAAAAUUUAACUGCAAACACAGCUAUGCAAUAUCACACAAGAAUGAUUUGGUAUACCGUAUACCAAAUUCAUUUUUUGUUCCCUGAAAUUACUUUGAAAGUUUCAAAAUUUUCAGUUAACAAUCUUCGACGUGUUUCAAAAAUGCAUUCAUCGUCAAAUUCGUGUUCAAUCGGGUGGAGUUGAUGAAAUGCUAGGACCCAAUAUGGCCUCAUUUUAUACGUGUUGUGCAUUUUUCAACUCGAAAAUUCAUCAGACUUUGAUUUGUGGAAAUGAACACGGAACAAUGAGGGUUUAUGUGAGUUUUUUUUUUUAAUUUUUUGGUUUUGUGGAAACUCAUUUUGAAAAAAAAAACAAUUUAGAAUAUGAUGGCACCGGAAGAAACGCAUCACGUGAAAACAAUUCGCGGUUUUCGAGUUCGAUGUGUUUAUGGAAUGAAAGAUGGAUCCAGGAUAUUGGCAGCAGAUAGUCAUAAUCGAAUUAGGCAAUAUCGAAUUGAUAAUGAUGAAGAGCAAACAGUUAUAACUGAAGAAGCUGCAAUUGUCACAUUUACUGUACAUCCAUCUGAACAGUUAGUUUUAAAAAAUCACUUUUUUUAAACAAUAAAUAAAUUUAUUUUCAGACUUGUUCUAACUACAACAAAUAUCAAUCUUCGCCUGUGGGAUCUCAAAUCUCGAACAUUGAUUCGUUAUUUUUCGGGUGCUUGUCAACAGGAUCUUUAUAGUCGAUAUGUAAUUCACGCAAGUUUUGGUGGCCUUUUUCAUGGUUUUAUUGCGACUGGUUCAGUUGGAGAUCCAUUUACUGAUGGAAUGUUAACUUCGAUGUCAUCAACAUCAAAAAAAAGAUCUUCAAAUGAUGGAAGAGUUAUUAUUUGGAAUUUGGAUGAAUGUCGACCACUUUUAAAAAUGAAAGGACAUCAUUCACAUGUGAAUGCGGUUUCCUGGAAUCCGACUGAUCCGACGUAAGUAUUUUUCUUCAAAUUGUGAAUGGCGUAAAUUUUAGAAAAUCUAAGUACGUGGAUUGAAAAAUCAUCAUUUUAACGGUUUCUUUGUUUUCAGAAUGUUGGCUAGUUGUUCUGACGAUGGAACAGUUCGAAUCUGGAAACUUGACUCUCAACUCUCCGAAAAACCCUCAAUUUGUUUGCCUCGUCGAAUUCCACGUCAUAAACUUUUCUCACGCGAACAUCGACAAAUGAUGGAAGAUUUGAAAUGGAAAACUCGUGAACGGGAAAAUUCGAAAAAUGGAUCGAGUUCUCGAAAAUCCGGAAAUUAUCCCAUCUUUCAUACGAAUCCAGAAUAUGAGCAACAACUUCUUGAUUUCACUGAUACUCCAAGUGAUGAUUGUAAUAUAGCAUGA